AUAACCCCGAGGUGAAUGAACAGUGUUAUUUUUUUUAUUGUGAAACAAAUUUUAGUCACAUUUUUCUACAUAAGACUUGCGAACCACCAACACUUGUACAGCAUUUAAAUUACCAGUUCAUUAUGACUUCUAAUUAUGACGGAAGCGGAGAGCCAGACUAUCAAAAUGGAUUAAAUGGUGAGAAUUCUGGCUCUGCGAGCCCAAAGAAAGCAUACACACUGUCUGCAGAUGCGCCGGUCUUUGUGCCCAAGUUUGGCAUGCCUCAGUCGGAGUUUGAGCCUGUUCCCCCUGAGGCGCCAACCCUGUACAUGAGUGGUCCUGAACCCACACAGAGUGAGAUUGAAGAGUUUGAGAAGCUAGCUUCCCAGGCACAGACAAACCUGUGCAUGCCACAGACUGACGACCCUGUAGAGUUGUUUCGCAUCGCUGUCAUUACACUGACCACAAAAGGAAACGUGGAAGAAUACAUUAAACCCAUCGUUGCCAAACUCAACAAGGGCAUCAAUGACAUGGCGGUCCUUCAGAAGAUGAUUGACAUUCUUUUCAAUCAUAGUUUAUCAGAACCGAACUUCAGCUAUACUGGUGCUCAGAUCUGCAAAUACCUUGCAAGUGACCUGAAGAGUCAUCCUACCUUCAGCAACUUCAGACAACUCUUCCUCAACAAGUGUAAAAGUGCCUAUGAUGACAGGGAGGCAUGGGUGUGUGACCCGGCCAGAUUUAACCAGCUCUCCAAUCUCGCAAUGUUGAUAGGCCAGCUCUUUCUCACGCUUGAGGAUGAGGUGAAUGGUGAGGUACACAGACUGGGUUUCCUGCGUGAGGCCAUCAGUCUCCUGCUGCUUACACUGCUGGCUGAACCCAACGACGAUCGAAUCAAAACUGCCGCACAGCUACUCAAGUUGACUGGGUUUGAGAUAACUAAAAAUUCACAUCUACCAGGGGACUUUACAGAAAUAUACAACAUCAUUAGAAGUUUAGAAAAGCACCCAUCCCUUAACAGGACUAGUCACUGCCUGGUGAACUCUGUGUUGAGUCGCCUGGAGUACAACUGGGGGGUUGCCUCUUGACCUCCAUAGCCAUGCCCACAACACAACACCUGCACAAAACUGACUAAGUAUCUUACCAAGAAAAAGCAACUCAGCGUGGUUCAUCAAAUUGAGGAACAUCACUUCAGUCACUUCCAUCCAGCUUUUAUAAUGAAAACAUAGAAUUCUCAACAAACUAUAUAAAUCCUGAAGUCAUGCAGCAUAUUCAGACAGAAGAUUUGUGUUUUGUGCAGUUGUGUGUCUAAAAUACAAAGGUCAAACAGUAGACUAAGAUUUUCUCUCUUGUAUAAAAUGAUCUGUCAUUGAAUCAAUGAUGGGCAUUAUUUUUCUAUUCAAAUAUCUGAUCAUUAGUAUUUUGCUCAAAUCAUUGCACAUAUUCGCUGUAUGGAAUGUUUUUAAGUUGUAUUACGUUAGUUAUUUUUGAUGGUUCACGACUAUUUUUUUUUGCUAAUUUCUUUGUGUUCAUUUAAAAAAACGCCUAAACUUGAGAGAGAAAAUCUUGUCGAGUGAUGAAGAUAAAGGGUUGGAAAUAGAUAACUCCAACCACGGAUCUCCAAAAUAAACGUGUAUAUAACAAUGUUCAUUGAUUAUAAUAUUCCUUGUGACAAUAUCACACUCAGUUAUGCUUGUGAAAGACAAAUAGGAAGGUGAUUUUGUUGUUCGAAUGAUACUUAUAGUUCAUUUUGAGAGCACACCUUGAACAGCUGAUGGUUACGUUUGUUGUAAAUAGUGCUAUAUUGAUAUUUGAUGCCCCUGACAUGGAUAUUGUUUUCUGUAGUGUCAGUGAUAUCGGUGAUAUCUUUUAUAAGUAAUCAGUUCACUUCCAAAUACAGAUAAUGAAUUUAUUUUAAUGAAUUUCAACGACAUGAAUAGAAGGUAAGAUUUUGAGUUGGGCAACAGUUAGAUAUUGCAAUGUCCAAAGCCAUGUUUAUGAAAGGUCGGAAGUCUCUGUGUUUAAGACUUGGACUCAAAACUACAAAUAUUUCAUAUUACGCCAUUUAGUAUUAUUUUCUUACUAGCAGAACCUUUGUGAUGGUAACUGCUGCAUGUUUCGGAGCUUACAACGUUCACUCUUAUAUACACACAUUUUAAAUAAAGUUUGCAAUAUAAAUGCUUAUUUUAACAUUUUAAAAGUUGCUUUAACGAGUCCUUUGUCUUAAAUUAAUCCUUGAAACCUUUUGUAAACAUGGACCCAGUUUGUGACAGAUUCUUUUAAACGUUUUUUAUACAAGGUUAAAAUUGGAAAUAUGACCGAAAUUUGUGUUUUUGUAAUGGUGAUUCCAAAAUGUUAACAUAUACUGAUCUAUUUUGUCUGAAAUAAAGUUUCCAGGGGAA